AUGCCUGAGCCACUGUCGACCCUGUCUCCUGCGAAGCAGAACUCCAGAUCGUCGCCGGUUAGGCUCGACUUCGCACAGAAACCAGACCUCUCGUUAUCGACGGACACGCUCAAGUCGCCUUCUCCUUCUCCUUCUGCGAUGUCCGCCGUCGCGGUUGCAGUCACGUACCCCGGUCCGGUAGACACAAUGACUGAUUCCCCGCCGGCCAUGGACUACCCCAUCUCUCCUUCUGCGCCUUCUAGCCAACAAUCAAGUCCCAGAAAAGCAUUCUCGCCCAUAAAGUACCGUCUACAGGAUGACGCGAAGGUGGAGAGCUCACCGCCUGGGUCUCCCGCCGAACCCACGGUGCGAUUCAACGAAGGCCUGACACAGGCGAUUGAUACCAUGACAAUGCAAAAGGAGGCGCAGCCUGACUGUUUGGAUGAGUCGGUUAUACACCACACCAUAGACGACAGAGCUACUCCCUCGCCCGAUCGCAUUUCAAAUGGAACCAGUCCAGACAAAGACGAUUUCGACGACAUGACUUUGACGCUCAGUCUUGACGAUAAGACCGUUAACGUUCAUGACGACACCACCGUUGGUGAUUUAAGCACAAUCUCGGCCAUAGCUACAGACACAACGCGCUUCGCCAACAUACGCAAUUCUCCUUCCAAACCGCCGCGCGAACCAUGGUCGCCUUCGAAGCACAUGCGUACCUCGAUCAUCUCCAGUACUCCUGGCACCGCUCAACGACCCUUGCGAUUACUGUCUAUUUCGGGACGAAGCAACUCUUCAAACGAGGACGACGAGAUGACCCCUCGGAGACCUCGUAACUCCAACGACACCCAAGAUCUGUUGAAUUUUACCGGCCAGACCAACAUUGUGAUUCCACCUCCCAAUUCGGCACCUCGAAGCAUGAGACGAAGCCCGUCUGGGAGAGGAGCGUUUCCCAUCAAGGUCAACCCCAGUCCAGUCCACCGGUCACAGGCUUCGGUAGAACGAGAAAGAGCUUCGGGCCGAUCCCCUCAGAAACAAUUCCAAACUCUAUCCGGAGAUAGAACUGUCCCUGCCACUCCUGCCGGACAAAGACAGAGUAUGUACUCGCUGGCGGGUGCUUCGGGGCUGGAUCUGCUGGACAUUGACCUCGAGCCCAUGGCCACACCGCGAUCAAUCCCAACCAUCACACCACGCGAGCUGGAGACGUUGCGGUCUGAGCUGCAAUCACGCAUUUCGGGAUUGGAAGCCACUUUGUCAGGCAAAGAGGCAGAAGUCAUGUCAUUGAAACGCUCCAUUACCGACGCCGAGGUGCGGGUGGGCAAGACCAGUGAAGAGCUUCGGACAGAGCGUGCCUCCCGCGAGGAACUGGAACAGGCAAAGGACGACUGGGAGCGCCGAAGCCGAGAGAUGGAAGAGGUCCUGCGUGAAGUCAAGCAAAAUAUCUUUCUGGAGGAGCGGGAGAAAGAGAAGCUACGGCGGCAAGCAGAAGAAGCAGAAAAUAGAGCCGAGGAACAGGAAGUCCGCAUUCUGGAACUUCAAGCCUCCCUCGACACGCUACGAUCGGAACGUAUUAGGGCCACCCCGAGUCCGGAAAAGGGGAAUGCUCCAGCCACCCCAGGGGUGAACUCUGACAUUGACUUCGCGGUCAAAGAUGCCACAGAGAAGGUGGCUCGCGAAUUACAUGCCUUGUACAAGAGCAAACAUGAGCGUAAAGUGGCCGACCUCAAGGUCAGCUACGAGAAGCGAUGGAUCAAGCAGGUGGAACAGCUUCGAACGGACCUCAAGGCAUCCCAGGAUGAAGUGGUCAAGCUGCAAACCGAGAAGGAGGCAACCAUGACUGGAGUCAUCCCAGGCCAGAGCGAGGCUCUUUCCCGAAUGGAGGGGCAAAUCGAAGAGUUACGGCGGUGGAACGAGGAGAUCUCGGCCGACAAGAAGAUGAUCGAAGCCGAAGCGGCCGGACUCAGAAGCCAGGUUGAGUCUCUGGCCGCCGAGACUGAUUAUCUCCGGAAAGACCUGGAGCAGGAACGUGUGGAAAAGGGAGAACUGGUGGCCCAAGUCGAUCUUUUCCUCGCCAUGAGUGCUCAACAAGAAGAACAACGGGUGGUGCAGCAAGUGCAUCGACCUGUGAGCCCACCAAGGAGUGAGGAUGGCCAUGGCCGCCCAAACUCGGCAGCUGCAGUCGCCAGCCCAAACAAAUUUCGCAACAGCAUGAAUGGCGGAAUGAUGGCAGCAGGGUCUGGAGGGACAGGAGGUCGCGCCCGGCCGAUGACUAUGUUGCAGAAGCCCACCGCGGGCAGAUACUCUGGUAUUCCUGCCCCUGGAUCUGGGCUGAAGGCGCCGUCAAGCAAGGCGGCUGGUUAUGGCGGAGGCCGGAUUAUGGAAGGCAUUGCACGCAUGGGUGCCGGGGGUCGAUGA